CGCCCAUGGAGUCUCAGCAACCGUGGCUAGCUGCCUUGUACCUGUUGGGGGUGCUGGUCUCUGUCACUUCCUGCUUCCGGGGACAGAAGCCCCACUGGGACAAGCCCCACUGGGACGACUCAAGUUUCCAGGUGCAGCUUACAGGUUCCAACUCACGGUGCCAGGGCCUGCUGGAAGUCCACUUGUGGAGCACAUGGAGGACAGUUUGCAGCCAGAGCUGGGGCCAGAGCCCGGACCAGCAUGAGGACCCCAGUCAGGCCUCAAGAGUCUGCCAGAAGCUGCGCUGUGGGGAGGCCUUCAAUCUGUUCCCCUCUGCUCACUUCAACAAACCCAAGAACCAAGUCAUCUGCCGUGGAUCCCUGGGAUCCUUCUCCAACUGCAGCAGUGAGCUAAAACGGUGCCACCCUCUGAGCCUCAUCUGCUUAGAGCCCCAGACAACGAGACCUCCACCCACAACUCCCCCACCCACAACCACACCAGAGCCCACAGCCCCUCCCAGGCUGCAGCUGGUAGCAGGGCCCUGGGGCCUGCACUGUGCCGGCGUGGUGGAGUUCUACAGUGGCAGCCUGGGUGGCACCAUCAGCUAUGAUGCCCAGGAGAGCAUCCGGAGCCUGGGAAACCUCAUGUGCUUAGCCCUCCAGUGUGGCUCCUUCUUGAAGUAUCUGCCACUGCCAGAGGCCGAGGAGACCAGGCCACAAGACCCAGGAAAGCUCUGGGAACACAGGCCAUUGCCAAUUCGGUGGAAGAUCCAGAAUUCUAGCUGUGCUUCCCUAGAACAGUGCUUCAGGAAAAUCCAGCCCCAGGAGAGUGGCCAAGUUCUUGGAAUCGUCUGCUCAGGUUUCCAGCCCAAGGUGCAGAGCCGCCUGGUAGGGGGCAGCGGCAUGUGUGAAGGUACCGUGGAGGUGCGCCAGAGCACGCAGUGGGCACCCCUGUGUGACAGCUCUCCGCUCAAGGGCACAGCACGGUGGGAGGAGGUGUGCCAGGAGCAGCAGUGUGGCAGCGUCAAUUCCUAUCACAUGCUGGACGCCGGUGAGAAGACCUCCCGGGGGUUCUCCUGUUCCCAGGAGAAGUUGUCCCAGUGCCACGAGCUUUGGGAGAAAAAAGCCCACUGCAAGAGGGUGUUUGUCACAUGCCAGGAUCCACACCCAGCGGGUCUGGCGGCAGGCACCGUGGUGAGCAUCAUCUUGGCCCUGCUGCUCCUGGCAGGGCUGCUGGUCGUGUUCGGCCCUCUGGCGUACAAGAAGCUGGUGAAGAAAUUCCGCCAGAAGAAGCAACGCCAGUGGAUCGGCCCCACAGGAAUGAACCAGAACAUGUCUUUCCACCGCAACCACACGGCCACUGUCCGGUCCCAAGUUGAGAACCCCACGGCCUCCCAUGUGGACAAUGAAUAUAGCCAGCCUCCCAGAAGCUCUUAUGCUUCCGCUUAUCCAGCUCUAGAAGGGGCCCUGCAUCGCUCCUCCACCCAGCCUGACAACUCCUCCGACAGUGACUAUGAUCUGCACGGGGCUCAGAGGCUAUAAAAGAACUGGGACCCAGGAACAAAACACCAAGAGCCACACUGACUUGUCCUGAGAAAAUUCUACCAGUCACUACUUGGAAAAGUCAUCCUGAUUUCUACUCCCACACAGACUGCGGCCAGAGGCCAGGGGGCCUUUCACACAUGUGCUGCUGCCCUUUGGGGGCAGGACUCUUACAUCCCCCACUGGACCAACAGCUCGGACAGACACUCCAUGUGAGGAAGCUGGGGAGGGCAGAAACAAGCAGCCCUUCCAAGUAGAGACUCAAAGGGUCCCUUUCCUGACCCAGGCAGCAGCCCCCACCUUCCCCUGUCUGCGGGGAACAGCACACCAGCAGAAUCCGGCUUUCUUCUCUGACUUCCAUCCUGAUAAGGAAUGACAAGGAAGCUCACACCUGGGCUAGUGCAUUUUUUAGUAUGUUCUUUGUAAAGAACAUAUUUUGUAAACAUAUCUUUGUAAAUAAUGCUUUUUGU